GUAAAUACCUGCAGUAGCAGCGGCUGCUCUGGACAAUUAUGUCAAACGUUUCACAUUAUUGAACACCGUAUUGUCAUUUAUAUUUUUUACGACUUUCUCGUCGGACUUCGAAAACGUAAACCGGAUUCUCCUAAAAUAAGUUCCUCUAGUAAUUAUUUUCAUCUGAAAAUUCGUCUAGUUACGCACUCCGAUCGCGUUUUUCGACACUGCGCUCGCCGGUCGACAGAAAAAAUAAUUAUUGUCACGACCACGACGGCCGUUCGACUUUCAUAGGUUUUCGUCGUUUUUUUUUUUCUCCCUCUUUUUUUUCGUCGGCACCGGUUCAUCAAUACUGCUUAUAAUAUUUUUAGAUUAUUUUUACACCAAUCAUUAAUUGAUAACGAAGUUAAAAUUCAAUACACGGUUUUCUCGGCACCGUGGACGUUUGGACUAAGUCAGCUUACGUAAUCGUUCGUCGUCGUGAUAACGUGUCGCAGUAGAAUUUGACGGGGGGCACACGCGUCGCACAGGAGACACGCAGUUCGAUCGCCGCCAAGAAGUACGCUGAGUCGUCGUGGUCGUCGACUUCGUUUUGGGCGCAUGGUUUCCCAGCCGGACGUCGGUGCUCAAUUUAUCUCCCGCACAACAGAUUCAUGAGUGAUAUAGAAACGGUUACCAAGAUGUCAGAAAGUGUUCAGACUGAAACAAUAACACCAAAUGAAAAUAAAGUUGCCGAUACUCCUUCAACUGCUAAAAAAAGUAGUAUUCUUAGACAUCGUAAAAUACCUUCUACUGAUUUAAAUAAUAUGGUAUGUAAUAUAUCUAAUGAAACAAAUGAAAACAUGGAUUCAUAUGGUACUAUGGCUCAAGCAGAAUUUCAACAUGUUGCUGCUCAAGCUCGUGAUCUUGGUCGUAAAAUGUGGAAUGUAUGCCAUUUCCACAACUUACCUCAGUGGCUUCAGGAUAAUGAUUUCUUGCACACGGGACACAGACCUCCAUUAAACUCUUUUCAGGCUUGUUUUCAAUCUAUUUUCCGAAUUCACACUGAAACUGGAAAUAUAUGGACACAUUUGCUAGGUUGUAUUGCAUUUUUUUUUAUGACACUCUACUUUGCAUCUAGACCCGAAGAAGAAUUAUCAUUUCAAGAUAAAUUAGUUUUUAUUAUUUACUUUAUUGGAGCUAUUACUUGUAUGGGUUUUUCAUUUGUAUUUCAUACAGUUCAUUGUCAUUCAGAAACUGUUGGAAAGUUAUUCAGCAAAUUGGAUUAUUGUGGAAUCGCUAUACUGAUUAUGGGUUCAUUUGUGCCAUGGCUGUAUUAUGGAUUUUACUGUGAACCUUAUUCAUGGAUACUGUAUUUAGUACUAAUUAUUGCCUUGGGAUUGGUGUCAAUGAUUGUAGCGCUAUGGGACAAAUUCAGUGAUCCCAAUCUCAGACCACUUAGAGCAGGUGUUUUUACAACUUUUGGGUUGAUUGGUGUUAUACCAGCACUUCAUUAUGGAGCUGUCGAAGGAUUUUUUUCGAAUUUCACAUUAAUUAGCCUUGGGUGGUUGUUACUUAUGGGAUUUUUAUAUAUAUGUGGUGCUUUAUUAUAUGCGUUACGAGUACCAGAACGAUUUUUCCCUGGAAAAUGCGAUUUAUUGUUCCAAAGUCAUCAGAUAUUCCAUGUACUUGUAAUACUGGCAGCAUUUGUCCAUUACCAUGGCAUAACUAAAAUGGCAGAGUACAGGUUGAGUAAAGGUGAAUGUGAAGUACGACCUGCUGUUGUUUAGUACGAGUUUAGUAGGUGCAUGGGCUUGCUUAAAAAUAUGCAAUCAUCUGUAAUUAAAUUUGAAAGAGAACACUUACUCCCAUGCUGACAUACUGGUUGAAAUUAAAAUUAAGUUCUUCAAAUCAGUUAAAAAUUUGUAAUUUAAAUACCAAAAACAUCCUAAAUAAUAU